GAGAAGACUGACGUGGAGGGAACGCUGUUUGUUUAUACAAGAUCGGCUUCUCCAAGGCAUGGUUUCACAAUUAUGAACAGACUGAGCAUGGACAAUCGAACAGAACCUAUUACUAAAGACCUCGAUUUCCAACUGCAGGACCCUUUUCUACUGUACAGAAAUGCCAGACUGUCCAUAUAUGGGAUUUGGUUUUAUGAUAAGGAAGAAUGCCAAAGAAUUGCAGAGCUCAUGAAAAAUAUAACACAAUAUGAACAAUUCAAAGCACAGCAGGGCACGGGAACAGGAGUUUCCCCAAUGAUCAUUAAUUCUGCUAAUAACAAAGAAGUGGAUAUUUUACGGAUGCUUACCAAGGCCAAAGAUGAGUAUACCAAGUGUAAGACCUGCUCGGAGCCAAAACAAAUAACCAGUUCCUCUGCCAUCUAUAGCAACCCCAACCUAAUCAAGCCAAUUCCAGUGAAGCCUAGUGAAAAUCAGCAUCAACGAAUAUCUCAGCAAAGCAAGAAUGUGGAUCCUGAACCACAGCACUUGUCUUUGACAGCACUGUUUGGAAAACAGGAGAAGCCAGAUGUCUCAGAACCGCUUAAUAAACAGCAUCAAGAGAACCUUCCUGUUAGGCAGGGUGUGGUACGUUCACUGUCGUAUGAAGAACCUAGCAGGCAUUCACCCUCUGCAGAGAAGCAGCUUUGCCCCGCCAUUCAGAAGCUCAUGGUGCGUGGGACAGACCUUCAUCCGCUUGCUGAGUUUCCUGAGAACCGACUCUGUGAAAAUGGGAAUAUCCACCCUGUGGGUGAGACUUUCACAGGACUCUUCCAACCUGUGACUUCUCACAGUAUUGCAACAUCUCAUGUAGUUCAGGAUACCGCUGGCACUCAGAGCUUAUUACAGAAAUUACAGGGUCAGUCAGGGUCAGUGACUAAAAUGGACCCCAGUGCAACAGGAUCUGUGAACUCAACAGCUUCUGUGCUCAGCAGGACUCCUGCCUCAACAUCGUCGUGGGUCAGCAGGACUCCUGCUGCUGUUGGAGCACCAGCAGCACCAGUAAACAGUAUGAGCCAGCCACCUUUGGUGUAUUUCAAUGGUUCCCUACCAGGCCAGACUUUAGAGUCUCAGACACUUGGUAAGGAACAAUCCAAACUUCCUAGACAGUCACUUUCUCUCUCUGGCAAUCAAGCAGCCAAUUCUGGGGUGAUUUCACCUCAAGAGUUAUUGAAAAAACUCCAGAUAGUGCAACAAGAACAACAGUUGCCUGUGUCCAGCAGACCAACUUUGGCAGCUAAGUUUCCUGUUGUUACUCAGAAUACCAAUACACUGAAACCACUGGAUUCCUGGAUAGAAAAGGCACCGGGUACAGAGAAACAGAGCUCUCUCUUUCAGGUAAUCUCACCUCAACGCAUUCCGGCCACUGUGACUCCUACCUUGUUGAUGUCCCCCAUGGUGUUCACUCAGUCUACACCUGCUCCACCAAAAGCAAAUGAGAGAGGGGGGUUAGCAGCAGCAAACCAAGAACCUGCUGCCAGCUCAGCUAGCCUUCUCCUGCCACUGCAAACCUCAGAGCCAUCUGUGGUCAACAGCAGCUCAAUGACAAAGAUGCAGCUGCAGGAAACACUGCUACACCUGAUCCAGAAUGAUGACAACUUCUUAAAUAUUAUUUAUGAAGCAUAUCUCUUCAGUGUGAGGAAGGCGGCAAUGAAAAAGUCUAUGUGA